AUUCAACCACAAAGCAUGGGUCGGUGGUGGCCUGAGUGACAAGGCUACGUGAGGGCUCUUGCGACCCUCUUUUGGAUUUUCGCCCCGAUGCCACCUUGCCACAGCCGGGUUGUGGCUCCAGCGUGUAAGCAUUGCGCCGCAAACCUCAAGAUCGCAGGCCAUGGUGAAGGUGACCGUCGGAAAGGCCGAGGACCCCUGGUGUGAGAUUGACCUCACCGAGGAGGACGUUGAGGAUUGGAAGAAGGGCGUGGAAAUCACUGAAGAGAAGCUGAAGGAGGUGAUCCAGCUCCCCCCCAUUACGCUGGACAAUUGCCAUGAGCGCGAGGACGGGGAUUUGCAGUGGGACGAAAUCACCUUUGAGGAGGAGGUGAAUGGCAAGUAUUGGCACGCGGUGAUCAUGGCCCUGCACCGUAUUCGUGAGGACUUUGUGAAGAAGCAGCGGAAGAUGAAGCACCUGGAUUGGUACAUGACGAUGAAGAAGACCAGCGACAAGCGCAAUGCAAAGUACUACGUUUGAAGAGCGGUGACCUCAUGACCAUGCAAGGGCCGAUACCCGGAUCCUCCAGAUUUUCGCGUGGAGGUUCUCAGACUUCGCGCGGAUGCUAUGAAUCUUCCAGGCAGUAGUGCUCGGCAACCACGGCCUGUUGCGCGCAGAAAAGGGCCGCUGCGCUUCGGCAUAACGCUUGGU